AUGCCAAGGCCAGGUCCCAGACCAUAUGAGUGUGUGAGAAGAGCUUGGCACAGUCAUAGGCACCAACCCAUGAGAGGUUUAAUUAUUAGACAGAUUUUCAGGCUUGUGCACGAGAAUCACUGCCCUGCAACUAAGAAGAAUAAAGAAUGGCAAGAAAAGCUUCCUGUUGUUGUGUUGAAAGCUGAGGAAAUCAUGUACUCCAAAGCUAAUUCUGAGGCUGAAUAUACGGAUCUUGAGACUCUCUGGGACCGGGCUAACGAUGCAAUCGAUACAAUUAUAAGGAAAGAUGAGAGUACAGAAACGGGGGAGCUUCUGCCUCCUUGCGUUGAAGCUGCACUUAAUUUGGGGUGCGUGGCGGUUAGAGCAUCUAGAAGCCAAAUGCAAAACAAUCCAAGAUCAUACCUCAGACCAACGGUUCAAGAAUCCUGUGAUGUAUCUCCUAAAGUUUUAGAUGAUAAUUCCAGUGAACGGCCAUCUAAUAUAUGGCCUUUGCAUUCUGCCAAUAUUUCACCAUUGAAGAAAUUCUCAACUGCAGAAUCACCCGGUUUAGUUUUGGAGUCUGGUGGAUGUGUAACACCAAAUAUCAACAAUCCCAUUGCUCUAUCAAGUGAGAAACUCCCGUCUCCCGCCAAUAACCAGAUCCCGCCAGCUGACUCUAACACACUAUCGAAUUUUGGCUCAGUGUAUCCCUUGUACUAUGGGACCAUGUUUCAACCUGAAGUCUCAAGUCCUGUCUUCCUAGAACCUCACAAAUCCAAUCCCGUAAUUGUUGACAAAUAUGUUACAAAUGGAAGCUCCCAAGCAAAUUCUAGGGACUACAAUUGGAUGGAACCUCAGAUGGGGUGUGACCUGUCCUUGAGGUUGGGUUUGUUUUCUGAGUCAAGCUUGAGCACAGGAAAGGGUUCUGAUUAUGGAACUCAUAGUGGUCGGAGAGUGUCUCAAGAUGGAGACAAGCCUAGAGACAAGGAGUUUCCUUUCUUUCCUUUGGAGUCCAGUAACGAUCUCUCCAGGUUGCAUUCAAGUAGAUGGAAUUCAGAGGGGGAAGGUCAAAAUGUGAAAGAUGUUGCUAGAAUGCGUGAAAUUUCGCUUAUUGCCAAUAAGGACAAUGAGCAAUUUUUCUUGUCUGAGGACCAAACUUCUAACUGUUUUGCUGGUCAAAUGAAAAGACCAGAAGAACUCCGGCUUCUAGGAAAUCCGAGGAAGAUGAAUCUACUAACUUCAGCAUCCCAGUUUGCAAGACGGCCAUGCAUUGUAAAGACUCAACAAAGAGAAGAGAAGGACGGGGAGAAUCGCCAUUAA